GCCAAAGUUGUGCAAGCCCAAACUCUUGACAAUUGGGCGAUGGCAGCGAUAAGCUGCAGAAUUGGCUGCCAUGUUCGAGAUCUUCAACCCUAAGUACUUCUGCUUGGGGGGUGCAGAAGAUACUUCAGAUGAGCUGGAUCUAACUGAGGGUGCCCUAAGGUCAACUGCAUCUGCCGGGCCAAGUGGACAAGAGCGAGACCAGAGCGUGGAUUCUACAAGUAUUGAAGAUGCAAAGGAAGGAACUCCAGGAUUCCACUUAAUAAACCUACGGCGACUCACGCGUCUUCGGUCAAGCAGCACACUUGAGAAAUUUGAUGAAGAAGGAACUGACCGGCUAAAGCACCCGAUGCAUUUGCGGCGGGCUUGCACCGACGUAGUAUGGUUGGGUUGCUUUUUUGCUUGCACUGCAGCUCUGGCGACCUUAAGCUUUGGAGUCAGGAUGCCACACCAAGCGGAGCACAUGGCUUUCCUGAUACCAAUGCACGACUCCUUGAACCAUACGUGUGGAGUUGGGCAGGUGUGGGACAAACCAUUUGCGUUUAUUUGCAAGCAGGAUUCAGGCGAACUGAACUUCACGGACGUUAUUUGCUUGAAAUCUUGCCCGCUCAACAGCUCAACAAGCAAUUCCUGUUGGACUAACGCGUCGCAGUCUGAUGUGGAGAUGCCUAGCUAUGUGACCAGAACGGCGGUGCCAUAUCUGCUAGGGUGGUGCAGGCCUGAGAACAAUGCGCUUUAUGUCUCGGUGCUCGAGUAUGCUAACAAAGUAUGGGGCAAGUUCAGCAUCGGCUAUGGGAUUCUGAUGAUGUGGCGCCUCAUGGUGCCUUUUCUGAUAGCUGCCGCGACUGGGUUGUUAUUGUCAUUGGGUUAUGUGGCACUCCUCAAGGACUAUGCACCAACAUUGUCCAAAAUUGGAAUCAGACUGAUUGUGCUUGCUCCCUGCUUUGCACACGGCGUUGGCCUGUUUCAACAUUUGACCAUGAUCUGAUUGCCCUACUCUGCUUGGGAGUCAAGGUUCCAUGGGUAUGGGCGGGCUACUUGUGGUACAAGCAUGGCCAGGGAGCUUUGUUGCCAUGUGUCGCCCUCGUAGUAGUCGGCCGCGGCCUAAGUUGAUCUAUCUAUCUAUAUAUAUAUAUAUAUCUCAUAUUUUCUUCUGCAGCCAUGGUUGAACCAUGCCCCUUCAAUUUCAUUGCACUUACUAACUGGUAGUGAAGUAGAAACAUGUUGAGGUGUAGGGUAAGUGGCACUUCAGACGAGAUAAGUUGUGCAAAAUCUUAGAUCGCACAGAAUAGCUCCGUUUUUUGAGCUAAUUGAGCUUGUGGUUUGGGCUUGUGGGUUCUUCGUGUCAAGCCUCGUAGACAUUGCUUGGAAGCUGGAAGAUCAUUGUUUUGGGUUUGUGGACCUUGCUAACAUGAUUUGGAAGGUGGCUUGUCCAUCCCGCGAGGUGUGUGUAAGGGUGUGGGCCAGGGCAUCAAAAUACGUGUUCAGGUCGGAGAUAAUAAAGACAGUAACAUGUUGGAUGGCCAAAGAAAUCAUUCUGCAACGGGCUCAGGAGAAACUGUGUUCAGGCGCGUGGGCCUCUCUAGAUUUCUCGCAGGUUGACAACAUGCAGCAGGCUGCAUCCAAACUUAGUUGCUGCAUUUGAGCCGCCCCUGGGGAUAGUGCAAAGCUUGUUCAGUGUGUUCCAGAUUGGGCACUUGCACAAAACGCUUUAGAAGGAAUUACCGCGCCCAGUAGUUGGAGCCUCCAUUCUUCAGUUCUGUUAUUGCAAAUCUUUGUUUGCCCGUAGCCUAUUUCUGAUUGAAACCAGCUGAAGACCAAGCUCUCAGCCAAAUUGACUGAAGCUGGAACGCGGGUUGUGCCACCCAGUCAUCCGUGUUCCAACAAUUCUUGCAUUUGCUUGGUUGUAAUCCCCCGCUCUGCAACCAGCCAGCAAAACAAGGUGUGAAGUUCAAGAUAAGGCAUGGAGCUAUCUUGACCUGGCCGGGUGCCCACUCCGUUCAGGGGUGAGCCCAUGAAUCUCGCGACUUAAAUUACAUGCGCAUGGGGUACCGCCCAACGUGGUAAUUCGUGAGUACAGCUCACUUUCGUAGUUAGAUGAUCAUUGUUCACACCGCUUCGCGGUCGAAGCCGCCCGCACAGAGUAAAGGGAAAACACACACACAAAUACAGACAUCGACAUCCAAACAUACAUCCAGACAUACAUGGGAGUCAUUAGCAC